AUGUCAUCACUGGUUCAGCCUGCUGGAGCCGCCUGUGUGGGGCUGACCGGGGCCACUGACAGCAUGCGGGCCGGUGGCUUGCUCGAGCUGCACUACCUGACCAAGCGCUUGAGACAGGCACUCAUGUCGUUCUCGCUGUCGCAGCCUGCACAGCCUUCCAAGCAGCAGCCGGUGGCGCCACGCAGCGACUGCCAGCAACCGUCGUCCCAGUCCAAGCGCCACCAGGACGGCGCAGUGCGAGCGGCACCUUGCGUCGACGACCUUUGGAAUGGCACUGGAUACGACCCUGCUUAUCUGGAGCACUGCUAUGAGGAUGAACCCAAAGGCGCCGCGGACUGGCGCUACCUCGAUCUGGUGCAGCCCGACCUCGACGCACACGCACGCCUCAUCCUCGUCGAUUGGCUCGUCGACGUCUGCGAAGAAUUCAACCUCGGCCAGGGCACCCUGUUCCUGACCGUCAACCUCGUGGAUCGCUACCUGUCGCGCGCCGCAACCUUCAGGCAGGAGCUGCAGCUGCUCGGCGUCGCCGCGCUGUGGCUGGCGUCCAAAUUUGCCGAGGCCUACCCACCUGUGCUGGCCGACUUUCUGGACACGGCGCGGCACGCGUACUCUGCGCCGCAGGUCGUGGCGAUGGAGCGCCUGCUGCUAGGCGAGCUGGGUUUCACGCUCAUGGUGCCGACCGCGCACACGUUCCUGGGCCUGUUCAUGCCGGCCGCCGCGGCCAACGCCGCAGACGCCGACGCGUUCUGCUCAGCGGCGAUCGACGGCGGCGGCGGCAGCACAGCCUGGGACAGUGAUAUCAGUGGCAAUAAGUACAGCUCAGGCAGCAGCAAUUUCGCAGUGUCUCCAGUCUUUGACAGCAGCAGCAGCGGCAGCAGCAGCUGCAAUGGGAGCGGCAGCAGCACCGGGAGCGGCAGCAGCGGUGCAAGCAGCGCUCGCUUCCACGCAAGUGAUGAGUACCUGCCGGCCGCUGACGCGCCAACCGGCCCGCGUGCGGCGCCGCGCUACCCCUACGCAACCGGCAGCCCCUGCCCUGUGCCUGCAGGCCGCAGCUUGCACGCCGCUCCUGCGCCGGCCGUGGCGGCGGCUGCGCUGGGCGAGUACCCGCGGCGCGUGGCCCACCUAGCCGAGUACCUGGCCGAACUCUCGCUGCUGACGCCAGAGUGCAUCCAGUUCCCGCCUUCCCUUGUCGCAGCCGCCGCCCUCAACCUCGCCUGCAGCCUCCUCGACGCGCCGCCAGGAACGCGCGCGCGGCUCGCGCCCGCUGCGGAGGCCGCCGCGGCGCGCGAGGGGGCGGGUGGGGAGGAGCGGCUGCGGGCGUGCGUGGGGGAGCUGCAAAGGAUGUUCCGCUAUGCGUCGCGCGCGCCGCUGCCGCCGUCGGUCAAGGCCAAGUACUGCUCCGCACGGCGUGGCCGCGUGGCAACAGUCCCGCUGCCAGCCUGGGCAGCUGAUGAUUAG